AUGAACGGGUUCCAGUCCAGUCCUGAAUGUCCAGGGAGCGUCUCUUCAAUCGAAGGACUACCCCCUUUGCCAAAAGGCCUCAGCGGCAUCUUGAACUCCAGUGGCGGCUCAUGGAGAGACAUCGAAAAAGUAUACAGUAAACGGACACGCAUUCAAGCCGACAUCAGCAAGUCUAGAGUGAGCGACUCUCUUGGCCGCAGCAAGCCUGCAAGUCUGGACGCAGCGCUCGCUGUGCUGCGCAAAGAAAUGGUAUCAGCAGUUUUCCUCUUGUUAUAUGUCACUCAAUUAGCCCAUGUCAGUAAUUUACAUAGAUUUGUAAAUUAGUCUAGUUAGUCUACAGUUGUAGUACCGAAUUACCCACCAGGCACGCAAGGCACGUUCCCAGGGGUCCUGGGCACGGUUGCAUAAAACACCUUCAGUUAAUUUCCCCCAUAUAUUUUCCCUUAAAGUCUCCUUAACUUUAAGUCAGUUGCACAAAACAUUUUUUAGGUGAAUUUCCCCCUUAAAUUAAGUGAAAACGUUAAGGGUGGCCAUGAGGUCCCUUAACUGCUUAAUUCAGUAUGAAUAUAAAUGUAAACAGCAGUUGUGAAGGUGAAUGUGUCUUUCGUCUGCUCUGGUUACAAAAGGAAAACAUCAACCAGCUAUCUAUUUAACUAAACAAUGGAAGGUGCACAAUUCAUGGCUACAAAGCUAGCUGGCUAGUUAGCUAGCUACUCUGUAAACUAGCUUGACAUACUAGAAAGUAAUAUAAACAAGUUGAGAUAAAAGUAACUACAAGAAAUGUGGUUUAUUAUCCUGUCUUGAUUGUAGAAGUUAUAUUUUGCUAUCUCCCUAAAUAAAAGUGAUCACUUUGAGGAGACAUUUAAUCAGUGAACCAGGCCAUCUCCAUGGUAACCAUAUACUCUUUCUGCCAUACAUGCCUUCAAACUACCGUAAAACCCCUUAAGUAUGCCCUUACUAAGGAAAUAUUUGAGGGGCUCUAUUCAACACCCUUAAACAAUUCCCUUAGGUAAGGUACAAUUAUUCCUUAAGGGAAAACCUAUAGAUGUUUUAUGCAACCUGGCCUUGACCUCCAGGGGCACCCAUUGAUUUUGUUAGUAACUCUGACUCAGAGAUCAUAUUAACAUGGCAAAAUUCAUGGUAAAAUGUGUAGAAUUGUAGGAAAUUAGCUUUAAAACUGCAAGAAUGUGUCACCACCCCAUGGCACAUUGUGUAGAAUUGCACUAAAUUAUCUGUAAAACUGCACACACAAAAAAAAGUUAUGUAAAGCAAACAUGUGUGUUUAGCUUUUGUUAAUAAAAUAUAUUUUCUACUAACAUGCAGUAACAAUCAAAAGUUUGGACACACCUACUCAUUCAAGGCUUUUUUCUUUAUUUUUACUAUUUUCUACAUUGUAUAAUAAUAGUGAAGACAUCAAAACUAUGAAAUAACACAUAUGGAAUCAUAUAGUAACCAAAAAAGUGUUGAACAAAUCAAAAUAUAUUUUAUAUCUGAGAUUCUUCAAAUAGCCACCCUUUGCCUUGAUGACAGCUUUGCACACUCUUGGCAUUCUCUCAACCAGCUUCACCUGGAAUGCUUUUCCAACAGUCUUGAGGAGUUCCCACAUAUGCUGAGCACUUGUUGGCUGCUUUUCCUUUACACUGCCAUCCGACUCAUCCACAACCAUCUCAAUUGGGUUGAGGUCGGGGGAUUGUGGAUACCAGGUCAUCUGAUGCAGCACUCCAUCACUCUGUUUCUUGGUAAAAUAGCCCUUACACAGCCUGGAGGUGUGUUGGGUCAUUGUCCUGUUGAAAAACAAAUGAUAGUCCCACUAAUCCCAAACCAGAUGGGAUGGUGUAUCGCUGCAGAAUGCUGUGGUAGCCAUGCUGGUUAAGUGUGCCUUGAAUUCUAAAUAAAUCACAGACAGUGUCACCAGCAAAGCACACCAUAACACCUCCUCCUCCAUGCUUUACGGUGGGAACUACACAUGCAGAGAUCAUCCGUUCACCCACACCGCAUUUCACAAAGACACGGCGGUUGGAACCAAAGAUCUCCAAUUUGGACUCCAGACCAAAGGACAGAUUUCCACCGGUCUAAUGUCCAUUGCUCGUGUUUCUUGGCCCAAGCAGGUCUCUUCUUCUUAUUUGUGUCCUUUAGUAGUGGUUUCUUUGCAGCAAUUCGACCAUGAAGGCCUGAUCCACACAUUUUCCUCUGAACAGUUGAUGUUGAGAUAUGUCUGUGACUUGAACCCUGUGAAGCAUUUAUUUGGGCUGCAAUUUCUGAGGCUGGUAACUAAUGAACUUAUCCACUGCAGCAGAGGUAACUCUGGGUCUUCCAUUCCUGUGGCGGUCCUCAUGAGAGCCAGUUUCAUCAUAGCGCUUGAUGGUUUUUGCGACUGCACUUGAAGAAACGUUCAAAGUUCUUGAAAUGUUCCGUAUUGACUGACCUUCAUGUCUUAAAGUAAUGAUGGACUGUCGUUUCUCUUUGCUUAUUUGAGCUGUUCUUGCCAUAAUAUGGACUUGGUCUUUUACCAAAUAGGGCUAUCUUCUGUACACCCCCCCUACCUUGUCACAACACAACUGAUUGGCUCAAUAUUAAGAAGGAAAGAAAUUCCACUUUUAACUUUUAAGAAGGCACACCUGUUAAUUGAAAUGCAUUCCAGGUGACUACCUCAUGAAGCUGGUUGAGAGAAUGCCAAGAGUGUGCAAAGCUGUCAUCAACGCAAAGGGUGGCUAUUUGAAGAAUCUCAAAUAUUACAUAUAUUUUGAUUUGUUCAACACUGAUUCCAUAUGUGUUAUUUCAUAGUUUUGAUGUCUUCACUAUUAUUCUACAAUGUAAAAAAUUGUACAAAUAAAGAAAAACCCUUGAAUGAGUAGGUGUGUCCAAACUUUUGAAUGGUAGUGUAGGUCCCGCUGUAUGUAUUAAAUUAUAGUUUUGUAUCCUGGUGCUGAGUAAAUGUGAGUUAAUGUGUGGCGGCUAACUGUUUAGCUAAUAGGCUGUGUUUGUAGAUCGACUGCGGUUAAAGGGAUACAUCAGGAUUUUGGCAAUGAAGCCCUUUAUCUACUUCAUCAGAGUCAGAUGAACGUGUGGAUACUAUUUUAUGUCUCUGCGUGCAGUUUGAAGGAAGUUACUAACCAGCCUUAGCGCAAUGACUGGAAGUCUAUAGUAACUGCUAGCAUGCUAGUAGAUACCAUAGACUUCCAGUCAUUGCGCUAACUCUAGUUUGCAUUGGCUUGCGAAACUACCUUUAACUUUCUUCAUGCUGGAUGCAGAGACAUAAAAAUGGUAUCUACGAGUUCAUCUGACUCUGGGAAAGUAGAUAAAGGGCUUCCAAAAUCCUGAAGUAUCCCUUUAAUGAAGCUACAGCUACCAAAUGUGAUGAUGGCUGGGGUAAUUUAGCUUGUUUUUGCUGUUGUCCAAAUAGCAUUUGAGUUUUAACAUUUUAUAGAAAUAAAGUUAAUGCGCUUUAACUUUCUUAAAAUGUCAUACCCCCACAUUCGGACCUCACUAAAACUCAGACCCUGGCUACGGCCCUGUUUGUCAUAUACAGUAACUGUUUCAUUUGUCACUGCUGCUUUUUCUUUGGGUAUUCUAAGCAAAUAAAUUGCGUUUCAAACACAAAUAUUCUAGAAAACUACUAGAAGUAUUAUGCAAUAGUCCAUUUCCAAGUGGAAUCAUAGCUGCUUCUACACAAUUAACAAAGUUGCUAUAGUUCAUGUAUGAGAUGAUUGACACAAGUAUCUGUUCCUGUUGUCUGACCUAGGUGGGCCUGAGGCAGUUGGACAUGUCUCUGCUCUGUCAGCUGUGGUCUCUAUAUGAGUCCAUCCAGGAGUACAAAGGAGCCUUCCAGGACAUCUCCUCCUCUCUGCUUUCAGAGAGCACCUUCACUACAGAAAAUGGUUACUCUGAGGAAGAGGAGGAAGAUGAAGAGGAGGACAACGAUGUUGAGAAUGUACCUCGGGAUCCACCUGGUACUUCACUGACUCUCCAGCCAACUCAAAACUCUCGUGACCAAUGGAUCAAAGAGUCUUUCCACAUUCCCUUAUAA